AUGCUAAUUGUUGAUAAUGCAAGUAGCCAUACUAAGGAAUUAGAUCACCCAAACGUAAAAAUUGUUUUUCUGCCACCUAAUUGUACAUCGUUGAUUCAGCCCUUAGAUCAGGGAAUCAUAUCAACACUGAAAGCAUACUAUAUACGUCUAUCAUUUGAAAAAAUUUUUAACAGACUCGAAAGUGAUGGAAAUGCAACCCUUCUUCAAACUUGGAAGGAGUUUUCCAUUUUAGACUGCGUUACAACUGUAGCACUAGCUUGUAAGGAAUUAAAAAGAAAUACACUUAAUAGGUGUUGGAAAUCUUUGCUACCUCAAAUGGUCAAUACAGAGAAUGUUGGAUCAACUUUGGAAGAUGAAUAUAAUAGAAUAAUAUCCGUUGCCUCUAACUUAGAAGGGGAUGGGUUUGUCGAUAUGAAUAUUCAAGACAUAAGAGAGCUGUUCGAAGAAAAAACCUUGGAUGAGGAAGAGCUCAUUGCAUUAUUGAAUAUAUCCAAUUUUGAUCAAAACGAAAACUUUAGCUUUAUCGCUCCUAAAUUAAGUUUAGCUGACGUGCAAAAAGGUAUAGCGUUAGCUAAUGACUUAGAGAAUCAUUUCGUUAACAAAGAUUCUUCAGCAGUUCGUUGCGGAAAAUUUAAAAGAGAUCUCAGAAGUUGCUUGGGUCCUUAUAGAGAAGUUUUGGCCCAGUUGCAAUCUGAUUUUGUAGCUGCUUCAUCUGAUGAAGAAAUAACUAGUGACGAGGAUUUUCAAGCAAAUAUGAAAAAAAUUAAUACUAAGUCACGGGUCAUUUUUGAUGACAGCGAUGAUUCAAAUUAA